AGGGAGGCGCAAAAACCCUCUCCUCCCUCGUCCCCUCCCUCCCCUUCUUCACACGGCCAUCUCCCUUCCUCUGUAAUUCCAUCCGCUCCUACCUUCCUUCCGCCACGCCACUGCCACCGCCGCCACCGCAACCCCGACCCCUUCGAGGGAGGAGAGCUCGAUCGGAUCGUCGAAAAACCCUAAGCGGAGAUGAAUCCGUCGGAGAUGCAGGCCGCGCAGCUUGCUGCCAUCCUCGGUCCCGACCCCGCGCCCUUCGAAACCCUAAUCGCCCACCUCAUGGCGACCUCCAACGACCAGCGAUCCCAGGCAGAGGCCCUAUUCAACCUCUGUAAAUCGAACCAUCCCGACGCCCUCGCCCUCAAGCUUGUCGUCCUCCUUCAGUCGUCGCCGCAGCCAGAGCUCCGGGCGAUGGCAGCAAUCCUCCUCCGGAAGCAGAUCACCCGCGACGAUUCCUUCAUCUGGCCAUCCCUUUCCGCCCAGACUCAGGCCAACAUCAAGUCCUCCCUCCUCGCCUGUCUCCAGCGUGAGGACACCAAGACCAUUCUCAAGAAGCUGUGUGACACUAUCGCGGAGCUCGCUUCCAGCAUCGUCCCCGAGGGGCAGUGGCCCGAGCUCCUCCCCUUCAUGUUCCAGUGCGUCACCUCCGAUUCCCCUCGUCUCAAGGAGAGCGCCCUGCUCAUGUUCGCUCAGCUCUCUCAGUACAUCGGCGACAUCCUCCUCCCUCACCUCAGCACCCUCCACUCCGUUUUCCAUCAGUGCCUCGCCCCAUCCGCGCCGAGUGAAGUCCGGAUUGCCGCCCUCAGCGCCACCAUCAAUUUCAUCCAGACGAUCGAGUCUCCCUCUGAUCGCGAUUGUUUCCAGGACCUCCUCCCCCCCAUGAUGCAGACUCUCACGGAGGCCCUCAACCGCGGGGAGGAGGCUACUGCCCAGGAGGCACUCGAGAUGUUCGUUGAAUUGGCCGGAACUGAACCGAAGUUUCUUCGCCGGCAACUGGUGGACAUCGUGGGUAGCAUGCUCCAGAUUGCAGAGGCCGAUCAGUUGGAGGACGGAACCCGGCACCUUGCUAUCGAGUUCAUUAUCACUCUUGCUGAGGCGAGGGAGAGGGCUCCUGGGAUGAUGAGGAAACUGCCUCAGUUUAUUGGUAGGCUGUUUGCAAUCCUCAUGAAAAUGCUGCUUGACAUUGAAGAUGAUCCUGCUUGGCACACUGCUGAUUCGGAGGAAGAGGAUGCUGGUGAAUCGAGCAACUACAGCGUGGGACAGGAGUGUUUGGAUAGGCUGGCUAUUUCUUUGGGUGGAAAUACCAUCGUUCCUGUUGCUUCUGAGAUUCUUUCCGCUUACUUGGCGGCUCCCGAAUGGCAAAAGCACCACGCUGCCCUGAUCACCCUUGCACAAAUAGCCGAAGGAUGUUCGAAGGUGAUGAUAAAGAACUUGGAGCAAGUGGUUUCCAUGGUUUUGAAUUCGUUUCAGGAUCCUCACCCUAGAGUGAGAUGGGCAGCGAUCAAUGCCAUUGGCCAGCUGUCCACUGAUUUAGGUCCAGAUUUGCAAACUCAGUAUCACCAACGUGUGCUCCCUGCAUUGGCAUCAGCCAUGGAUGACUUCCAGAACCCGAGAGUACAGGCUCAUGCUGCCUCUGCUGUUCUUAACUUCAGUGAGAACUGCACACCUGAAAUUUUAACACCGUACAUGGAUGGCAUUGUUAGCAAAUUGCUUGUUCUUCUCCAGAAUGGGAAGCAAAUGGUUCAAGAGGGUGCAUUAACAGCACUAGCUUCAGUUGCAGAUUCUUCACAGGAACACUUCCAGAAGUACUACGAAGCUGUUAUGCCUUAUCUUAAGGCUAUUCUCAUUAAUGCUACUGACAAGUCUAACCGGAUGCUUCGUGCAAAAUCUAUGGAAUGCAUUAGUCUGGUUGGGAUGGCUGUUGGCAAAGAGAGAUUCAGGGAUGAUGCUAAGCAGGUUAUGGAAGUUCUAAUGUCACUUCAAGGGUCACAAAUGGAGUCAGAUGACCCAACAAUAAGCUAUAUGCUGCAAGCAUGGGCCAGGCUGUGUAAGUGCCUUGGACAAGAUUUCUUACCAUAUAUGAGUGUUGUGAUGCCUCCACUUCUUCACUCUGCCCAGCUGAAGCCUGAUGUUACCAUCACUUCUGCUGAUUCUGACGAGGAUAUUGAUGAGACCGAUGAUGAGAGCAUUGAGACCAUUACUCUUGGUGAUAAAAGAAUUGGAAUCAAAACAAGUGUUCUGGAGGAGAAAGCGACAGCCUGCAAUAUGCUUUGCUGUUAUGCUGAUGAACUGAAGGAAGGGUUCUACCCCUGGAUUGAUCAGGUCGCUCCAACGCUGGUUCCUCUGCUUAAAUUUUAUUUCCAUGAAGAGGUACGAAAGGCUGCUGUAUCAGCAAUGCCGGAGCUAUUGCGUUCAGCUAAGUUAGCAGUAGAGAAGGGCUUAGCACAAGGCCGUGAUGAAUCCUAUGUCAAACAGUUAUCCGAUUAUAUAAUUCCUGCACUAGUUGAAGCAUUACAUAAGGAGCCAGAGACAGAGAUUUGUGCUAGCAUGUUGGAUGCUUUGAACGAAUGCAUGCAGAUCUCUGGAGUACUUUUGGACCAAGGUCAGGUGAGAAGUAUUGUUGAUGAGCUGAAGCAGGUGAUUACUGCUAGCACGGCAAGGAAAAGGGAGAGGGCAGAAAGGACCAAAGCUGAAGAUUUUGAUGCUGAGGAAGGGGAGUUGCUCAGGGAAGAAAAUGAACAGGAAGAAGAAGUCUUUGACCAAGUUGGUGAUUGCUUGGGUACCUUGAUCAAAAUAUUCAAGGCAUCCUUUUUACCUUACUUUGAUGAGCUUGCUUCGUACAUAACUCCUAUGUGGGGCAAAGACAAAACUGCUGAGGAAAGGAGGAUUGCUAUUUGCAUAUUUGAUGAUGUUGCAGAACAAUGCCGUGAGGCUGCAAUUAAGUAUUACGAUACUUUCCUUCCAUUUUUAUUAGAAGCAUGCAAUGAUCAAAAUCCAGAUGUUAGACAGGCUGCGGUUUAUGGGAUUGGUGUGUGUGCAGAAUUUGGUGGGGCAAAAUUUAAGUCUUUGGUUGGAGAGGCCCUGUCAAGAUUAAAUGUUGUAAUAAGGCAGCCGGAUGCACUUCUCUCAGACAAUGUAAUGGCUUAUGAUAAUGCUGUUUCAGCUUUGGGGAAAAUAUGCCAAUUCCACCGAGAUAGUAUAGAUGCCUCCCAGGUAAUCCCUGCCUGGUUAAGCUGCUUACCUAUAAAGGGAGACCUGAUUGAAGCAAAACUUGUUCAUGAUCAACUUUGUUCGAUGGUUGAGAGGUCUGAUGUUGAACUUUUAGGGCCCAACAACCAAUAUCUUCCCAAGAUUGUUGCAGUGUUUGCGGAGGUAUUGUGUGCGGGCAAGGAUCUGGCGACAGAGCAAACUGCUAGCCGGAUGAUAAAUCUUUUAAGGCAGCUUCAGCAGACACUGCCACCAUCUGCCCUUGCAUCAACUUGGUCCUCGUUGCAGCCUCAGCAGCAACUUGCUUUGCAAUCAAUUCUGUCAUCGUAGCUGAUGCCGGCAGGGUGCGGACUUCAACUGGUUGAAGAUUUGUUUUAUUCUGUAUUUGUUGUUUCCCAAUUCUUUUCCAUGUCUCAACUUCCAUUGAGGAUGGGCUGCAACGCGAAGUGCUGUGUGAAGGUGGUGCGAGGUUGAAAUGUGCUAUGAGUGGUGUGUACAUUAUUGAUAUAUCAUAUUUUUAUUCUCCGCUGUUGCGCAGUGGAGAUGUGGUCGGUUUUUGGGUAGUGUUGGUGAGCGACGUGCCUGUAGGAGAACAAUGCUAUUUGGGCAAUUCUUGUCUCAGUUUUGGUGGUUGUCUUUGUCCAUUUGAUUUUGAUAAACCUUGUGAAAUAUGAAUUGAGUUUUUAUCUUCA